GCCAGGACAAAGGUACACGUUUAUGGACAUUAUGAAGACUUUGAGCGGUGUGCAGUUGUGUUUCGUGCUCCUGUGCUUGGCUGCCUGCAUGGCCGAGUGCAAGGAGCCCAAGCGCUCCAAACUCUCCUCCGACUUCGGCCUCACCCCCUUCCUGCGCUCCGGCCGGGGCUCCGAGCACAGCUGGGACGCCAACGUCGACGUGAAGCGGAAGAUCGGCAAGAUGGUGUCGUUCCCCCGCAUCGGGCGCAGCGAGUCCUGGGGCGCCGACGAGAACAACUACGGAGCCAAGCGCCCCGGCGCCAACUCCGGCAUGUGGUUCGGGCCCCGGCUGGGUCGCGUCCAGAAGCGCAGCGACGAGUACACCCCCUGGACCUACAUCAUCGUGAACGGCGAAGGCCCCGUGACGCGCCAGGUGCACUACACCCCGCGGCUGGGCCGCGAGUCCGAGGAGGUCUACGACGACUUGGACGCCGAAGACGUAGCUUAAACUAGACGCACUCGAGCAUUAUAGUGUGAGGCUGGACAUUAUAAUACUUUUUAUGCACUACUCAUUGUGAAAAUAAAACGG